AUGGCUAAAUCUGGGCAGGAGACUCGCACCUUGGAGCACCCUGCAGCCGAAGAGAAUCCUGCAGCGAACGAGGAAGCUUCUUCAUCCGCGGAAGUGUCGAAUGAUUCGCCCGCCACUGGCCAGGUUGUCAACGGUCAUAGCUCUGACAACUCUGUCCCGUUGACUCGCCAGAGUGCGACUCCUCCUGAGCGUAGCAACGACACUUCGGCUACUGCUACUCCUGCUGAAGGUCGACGUGCGCCCCCACCAACUCCCGCUAGCCUUGCAGCUGCUCUAGAGAAUGGCGGUCACCAGCUCGAGCCUGUUCCGGAAGACAAGAUGAUGGAUCUUACCCCUGAGAGCCGUGCUGCCUCCCCCAUCAAAUCGAUCCGAUUUGCGGAGGACGACAAGUCGAAUCGUGACUCGCCCAUCGAAGUUGGCUCCGAACAAGAGACCAAAAUUGUUGAUGUCGCCUAUGUCGAAGGUGCCAAGUCUGCAGCUUCACAGGCAGACCCCCAGGUCGAGGCUGUCGAAGUUGCCAAGACAGGAUCCGGUGACUCCCACAAGGAGGUCCCGCAUCCUCGAGUCAUCAGUCCCACUACCGCUACCAUCCAAGCGUUUGACACCCUGACCGCUAAGGACGGUAACAAAGGUUUAGAGGCCUCUCGAUUCGCCAAGCCUGGUGUCUUCCCUCGUGUGUCAAACUCGUCUCGCACCCGCACCACCCCUCUUCCGAACAUCGACCCCCCCAGCGCUACACUGUCCAAACCUGCUACUACUCUGAAGCCCGAGACUCGUAAGAUGAGUGAGGAGUACCAGAACACCAUUGUCGACAAAUUUCGCAAGGAACACGAAACCACUGAGAUGGAAGGUCGGUUUGUCAACUUCGAGAAAGCCGAGGGUAGUCCAGCUCCCGAGGCCCCUCCUGCAGCCCCCAUUACCAUCCCUGCUGUUCGAGCUGCCGAGGACGAUGAAUACCGUGAGAACGCAACCUACUUCGGAAGCUGGGGAGAUCCCUUGGCUCGCCCUGGUCCCAAAGCUGAAUAUCGCCGUGUGACCCUCAAAGGUCUGCCCACUUCGACUGACUACUCUCUCGUAGCCGCACUCAUUCACGGGGGCGCUCUUGAGUCUAUCAUCGUCAACAAGAGCUUCAAUCCUCCCACUGAAGUCACUGCUAUCGUCACAUUCACCAAGGGUGCUCCAGCCAAAGCGUACUACGACAAGUACCCCAACGGACUUGACUUCAAAUUCCAAGGCAAGAAGUACGUCGCAACGGUUGAGUUUGGCAAUACCGUCGACGUCGUCUCUGGAGUCAUGCGUGGCUACUUGGAGAGUGGUGCCACUCGCGUUGUGCGUGCCGCUGGUGCUGAUGAGGAAUGGGCCAUGCGAGCUCUCCGCAAGAUCGCCGAAGCCAAGGGCCGUAAGGUCGAAGCCAUUGUUGAUGUCUUCACCAACGAGGGCCGCACCAUCAACUUCCGCUUCAGCAACAUCGCUGAUGCGGUCAAGUUCCGUGCUACGCUGGUUCGUGACGCCGAGUGGAUGGAUUGCAACAUCACCUUCGGCGAGGAUCCCUGCGAGAAGGCGUCGGACAUCCGCAAGGUCUAG